AUGCCUCCCCAGGAAACUUGCAAUAAACAGCUGAAGAUAUGCGUGGAUGCUGAGCAUGCGAAAUGUAGCAUAUGUCUAAACAUAUGGCAUGAUGUUGUCACAGUUGCCCCCUGCCUUCACAACUUUUGCAAUGGAUGCUUCUCAGAGUGGUUGAGAAGGUGCCAGGAUAAGCAUUCAAGUGUUCUUUGUCCUCAGUGUAGAGCAAUUGCCCAAUUUGUUGGAAGGAACCAUUUUCUACAUAAUAUUGAGGAGGUAGUAUUUUUUGCUGCUUUAUCCUUGUGCCUCCCACUUGUGUGA